UGCGUGUGCGAGCGCGUGAGAGAUAGAGAACAAAGAGAGAGACCAGGAGUAAUGGACGAUUUGCCACCUGGGUUUCGGUUCUACCCAACGGAGGAAGAAUUGGUUUCAUUCUAUUUGCACAACAAGCUAGAAGGGACCAGGGAGGAUUUGAACCGAGUUAUGGACAGGGUUAUACCAGUUUUGGAUAUAUAUGAGUCCAACCCAUGGGAUCUCCCACAGUUUUCGGGAGACCUGUGCUAUGGAAACCCUGAGCAGUGGUUUUUCUUCAUUCCCAGACAAGAGAGGGAAGCCCGCGGGGGAAGACCAAGGCGACUCACUACAAUAGGGUACUGGAAAGCUACGGGGUCUCCUAAUUAUGUCUACUCUUCCAAAAAUCGCAUUAUUGGAGUAAAAAGGACCAUGGUUUUCUACCAUGGAAGAGCUCCAAAUGGAAGAAAAUCCGAGUGGAAGAUGAACGAAUAUAAAGCCAUCGAAGGAGAAGCGUCCGCAUCUACUGGUGCAGUUCCUACGUUACGACAAGAAUUUAGUUUGUGUCGAGUCUACAAGAAAACAAAAUGCUUGAGGGCAUUUGAUAGGCGGCCAACUGGAUCAGUAGUAAUAGGCCACGGUGAGCCAGCAACACAGCAAAUUCAUCAUGGCGAUGAUCAGGCAGUACCAAGAUCAUCUGGUCUGAACCUUCCAUUUACUGAUCAGAGAACAACCUCACCGGAGAGUUCAUCCUCAGGAGACCAUGGCCAACCUGGCCGUGAAGGUAAGAACAAGGGAAUGGCUGUUGAUGAUGAUCAGAGCUUGUGGGAUUGGGAUCAGCAAUUGAAUAAUUGGUUCCGGCCCGAUGGGAUGGAAUAGAUCAUCAUGAUCGCGAGUAGAUGGAGAGGAUUUUCUGAUGAAUAUUUACGCAUGGCGUACUGUCCAAACAUAGAUAUGACUUUACUAAUGUUAGUAGAAUACCAUUACUAUUAAUAAUUUAUAUGUUAGUAGAAUACCAAUAUCAAAGUCAUGCUUAACCCACGCAAAGAAAGUACGUAUAUGGUACUUUUAAUUAGUAAGACUGUAUUUUUGGA